UGAAGAACGCCGUAUGCUUUGGCAGAUGCACCUUCACAGGGAGGACAAGGUAUUGGACGCCGACUGUGCUGUGUGUGAACUGCACUUUGAAUCGCAUUUCAUCAUACGGGACUACGUGCACGUCAUAAACGGAACCGAGGUGCGGAUACCAAGAGGAAAGCCAGUACUUGCCAUGGACGCUGUUCCCACGAUUCUGCCGAACUUGCCUGCGUAUCUGACGAAAAGAAUUUACACUCCACGGGCUCCACCGAAACGUCGGCAGCUGAAUCCUGAUGACAACAACAGCAGGAAACGUCGACGUACGGGUGAUGUUCCCACGCCAUUGCAAGACACUGAUUGUGAUCCUACAAAUGCCGCCUCGGAAGAUAUUUGUGUAAGCACGGUCGUCGCCAGCCUCUCCGAGCUUCGCAAGCUUUCGCUCCCAUCAAAAUAUUGGGUGCUGCACGAAUUCCAUGACUUUCCCGGUGCAGUGUACGUGGCCUGCAGAUUGGAUUGUUCAACAUUACAGCUCGUUAUCGAGAGAAGCGUAUUUUUUAAGCCCUCAAGUCAAGACAAGUGUUGUGAGUGUGAAAUGUUCUUGCUCGACAAGCUAGUCGAGAAAACUAGUGUGGUAACUGCGCAAGAGGUGGUUGAUCUGCUGCGACGAGCAGCAGAAAUUCCACUGUGUUGCGGGGCUGCUGAGUUCUCGCUGUUGUCAUCAUGUCAGGUGACAAAAGGUCUUCAGGCCCAGCUGUGCACAAAAGCAGGAACCUUCUUCAGCGUCAGUUGCACAGGAAAGUCACCAAGACAAGGGCUCCCUUGCAUACGUUGCAAGUACCUUCGCAAGGCCCUGCAAACAAGGAAAUCCCUUCUAAAAGAAAAGAAGGCGAGAAGAAGCGCUCCUGACAGGCUCCGGGCUUCCAACAGAAAACUGAGGAAGUUAACUUCAAAUGUAGGGAAACUCAGGACAAGUAUAUCUGAGAUGAUGAAGUCAACAGCAAACUGCUCCGAGACUCUUCUACAGCAGAAGCUCCAAGGCCUGGCACCAAAGCAACAGCUGGCAGUAAAACAAUGCUUCGAAGCUGCAAAAAGGAAGAGUACACGGGGCAUGGAAUACGACAAGGAGUGGAUGUUAAAGUGCAUACUGCUAAAGAUGCGUAGCCCAAAGCUGUAGAGUACAUCAGAAGGCAGAACAUUCUGGUUCUUCCUGGGAGAAGUACAAUCAGGAAAUACAUGUCGAGCUACAUGGGGCACUUUGGAUUUAAUGAGAAAAUCCUGGAGACCCUGAAGCGAAAUACUUCAACUAUGGACCCCUUCAAGCGGCACGGUGGUCUCACUAUCGACGAGAUGAAACUUUCUGAGCACCUUUCUGUCGACACUGCAGGAAGGUUCGAUGGCUUCGUAGACUUGGGCCGGUAUACUACAGAGGACCAGAAGCACCUGCUGUGUGGCCACGGGCUUGUAGUGAUGUUUGUUCCACUUUUGGGGAACUGGACGCAGGUUCUGGGCGUGUUUGGCAGUCAAACAAAUGUCAAGGCGACCUUGAUACAGAAUUUGAUAAGGGCUGGUUAGAAAGUGGUUAAGAAUUCCUGUUUAGAAAAUGUAUACAGUGCGCUCAAUAAACCCUGUACGCACCUUUA